CUGAAAUUUAUAGUUUUUUUAGUCCAAGAAUUGAAAGAUAAAACAAAGUUGAAUAAUCCCCUACAGCGAAUUGGUCUGUACCGCAGCUGCUUUUUGCAGUUUGCCGAGAAGCGGUGCCUCUUCGAAAAAAACCGACCUUUAAGAAGUUCCAAAUUUGGAUGUGCGGGCAUAGACUUUGAGAUGUCCUUGUAUGAUUCCGGGAUGUCGAAUUCUAAACAGUGCUAUUUCUGCCUCCACCACUGUUCUUGUUCCUACUCCAUUGUAUGGUGUGGGAAUGGUGAACUUGCGGGUAAUCGAAUUUCUGUUAUUCACGCUAAAAUUGAUAUUUCAAAAGACGUCAGGGAACUUGACCCGUUAGAUCUCAACAAAAUAACUUCUUCACCCUUCUUCACCGUAUUUUGUGAAAUUGAAUUCUGCCCGCAAGGGUGCGCAGAUCCUGAACAAGAGCCAAUCUUCUGCAAUGUAAAUGAAGAGGGCAAGUCAGUAGCUCGAUCGAAUUUGGAAAUCUUAGAAUCUGGAAACUGCAGCGAUUGUGUAUUUAAGAAUAAGCUUAAGGUUGGCGAUCGUGAAAUCAAGGCUCACAGGUGUUUUCUGACGCAACACAGUGAAGUAUUCCGAGCCAUGUUUAACCAGGAAACGAUGCUGGAAGCGGAACGAGGUGUUAUAGAGAUAACUGAUUUCGACUACCAAUCAGUAAAAGCGAUGCUUGAAUACAUCUACAGCGGAUCCACCACAAACGUUACUUCUCACGUUGAAGAGGUUUUAUCACUUGCGGAAAAGUAUGCAAUUAAACCAUUGAAGGAGUUCUGCGGUUUGUACUUGGCUUCAAAGAUCAGUACUGCAAAUCUUGCCUCAACUGCCUUGCUCGCCGAUAUGUAUUCAUCCAUUCCGUUAUUAAAGAGGUGUGCUCGUUAUCUGUCAGAGAACAGGACUUCGGUGCUUAGAUCUAAGAAUUGGGACGCUUUCAAAAAGGAAUCCCCAGAACUUGCAAUUCGUUUGUUGGAGUUAUCCUUAUGA